AUGGACUGGCAGAACCAAUGCAGGACUGCCCCGCCUCAAAGUCUUGGUUGGGAUGAGUGGACAGGAUCACCAAGCUCCUUCUCGUUCUCUAACGACGGGCUCUCUGUUGUUCUCCUGAUGUCGAAAUGUGCAGAUGCUUGUUUUGGCCACGAAUCUAUUUUUGUCGCUGACCUGGAGGGAGACCGAGAAAUACGCCACGUUCAUAUUUCAAAGCCUUCUGAGAACAGCAAGCCUCGGAUAUGGGAUCCUCGGAUUGUUUCGGUGUUUAGGUCCUCCAGCAACCUCGAUGUCCUCUAUGCUGUCGUUGAUGCAGAGGGGCAGAUGGGUGUAUGGAAAAUAAACAUGUUCCCGGAACAGGACCGAGGCAUUAUCAAAGCAUUGGCAAAGCCGCUUCUCGAACACGGAUCCACCACAUUUCUAUGCUGCUUAGGACCGCCCAGCGUCAGGGACGAACUUCUUGUCUCUAGGUCUACGUUCCAGAGGGCAGGUGUUGUUGAGAUCGUCACCGAAGACGCCACGUCACAGCUUCACAUUCAAACAGUGGACGAAUAUCGCGUUCCGCAGCCGCCAGCCAUUUCAGAUCAGUUCUACUUCCCUUCUGCUGGCGGCUUGAUGGUGCAGGCCUUCAUCCACAAACCUGCCCAUUUCACGGAGGAUACGCGAUACCCCGUUGUUAUCAUCGUCCACGGUGGCCCGAACGACGCGUGGAGGGACUGCUGGCUAGCAACCUGGAAUCAUCUAGCCUGGACGUCCCAGGGCUUUGUUGUCAUCACGCCUAAUAUCCGCGGUUCAACGGGGUUCGGGCUGCCCUUCGCGCUGUCUAUCUACAAAGACUGGGGCGGCUCUCCAUUGAGGGAUCUAGAAUAUCUUAUCUCUUUUAUCGAAGCAUCAAUGCCCUUUGCCGAUCUUUCACGCGUCAUCGGGGCGGGCUACAGCUAUGGCGGAUACCUCAUUAACUGGCUUGCUGGGCAAGAGCUUUCGAGACGAUUCUGCGCCCUGAUUGUCCAUGGCGGCGUCUUUUCCCCCCGCAAUUUGAUGGCCGGAGACUUUCCUCUAAUUUACCGCCAAGACUUUGGAUGUUUUCCCUGGGAGGGUCGUGCGGAGUGGGAUAGAUGGGAUCCCAGUCUGUUCUGCGACAAGUGGACUGUGCCGAUGCUUUUUACCUGUGGAGAUGUCGAUUAUCGCGUGCCGGUUUCUGAGACACUGGCGGCGUACCAUGCAUGUCAGAUCAGAGGUGUUCCCUCUCAGCUUCUCCUCUUUCCCGACGAGGGCCAUAGAAUCAGCAAGCCGGCAAACUUAGCGCAAUGGCGUGAGACAAUGCUUGCGUGGGCUAUUAGAUGGACUGCACAAUAG